AUGGCAAAUGAAGGAUCUUAUAGAGUAUUGGCUAGUGGCCGUAAACUUGAAAUCAGUUCAACAGUCAAUCGCGUAUUAAAAAGUGGUCGUUGUCUUACAGAGAGUGAACCAACACAGAAAAAACAACGUACACUUUAUUCUCAAAUCGGAACAAUAUUACAUAAUAAUAAUGAAUAUGAGAAUGAUGAUCAAGAGCACGAACUAUCAAGCGAAAUUCAAGUGAACGAACGGAAGCCACGAGAAAAUGAACCAUCAAAAAAAUUACUUUUACAAGCUGUUUCCGAUGCGAAUAAAAGUGUUUUAAUGAAAUUAAAUAAAACAAACGGAAUUGUUAAAGUUAUGAAACCCGAUGGAACAACAGAAUGUUUGACAACACGAACAUUAGCAAAACGUUUGAAAGCUAAAGAACCAACAUGGAUCGAUCCAACAAGUUUAGUAAAUAAAUCUGAACCAUCAUUAGGUAAAAUGAAAGUUCGCAUACGUAAUGAAUAUUGUUCAACAGCCGACGACGAGAAAUCAAAUAAUGAACCGGAAAAAUCACCGAUGGAAUUCGAAGAUGAUGAAGAAGAUGAAUUUGUUGUUGUUGUAAAUAAUGAUUUUGAAACUGGUGAUGAUAUAAGUAAUAUUUGGAUGUUAAACGAUUAUCCUUAUAAUGACAAUGGAGCAAAUAUAAAUUCAAACGAAUACGAAGACGGACGAGGAAACGGACCGUUCAAACGUAAGUUAAGCGAUGAUAUGAUGUCAGAUGAUAACGAUCAACAAGAUUUUUCGCCACAAACGACUCAAUUAUCGGCAUCGGGAAAGAAAUCGAAACGUUGUCGUUUUUGGCCUGACUGUAACAAUGGCGAUCAAUGCGAAUUCGUUCAUCCAACACAACGUUGCACACAUUUUCCAAAUUGUGCCUACGGUUCGGAAUGUUUAUAUAUUCAUCCGCCUUGCCGUUACGGUAGUGCAUGUGGAAAAUCGAAUUGUCCCUAUUUGCAUUCACAAGCAACACCCGCAUCAUCGCCUUCAUCAGCGAAUAACACUAGUGCUGUUACACGACCACCGAUCACAAAUCGACCGGACAGCUCAGUUGUAUGCAAAUUUGGUACACAAUGUAUGCGUCCAAAUUGCAUGUAUUCACAUUCUCGUAUGCCAUUGCCAGUUGCUCGUAAUUACAAAUGGGUAAAUAGUAAAUGGCGUGCGCCGGACGAUAUGCCAUCGCUUGCACCCACACCAAAAAAUAUUGUUUAUGAAAAUCCGUUUAAAUCAUCGAUAAUCAAAGAAACAAAUAAUAGUAAUGAAAAUGAGGUCGAAAAAUGA